GAUCACGUCCCAUGUUUACAGUUGGUAGAGUCCGAUGUCCUUCGGUUGGUGAAUGAGGUGCUGAAGGCCGCGGCUGGUGUAAACAGAAGCAACCAUGGUGAACUUGGCAACCUUUGCCCGGGAGUACUGGGCACACAUAUUUGUCCCCAUGGGCUUUGUUAUUGGAUGGUACCUUGACAGACAACAGGACCAGAAGCUGACUGCUUGCAGAAACAAGAGUGCUUUGUACAAAAGGGAGCUGAAGCCUGGUGAGGAGGUGACCUGGAGGUAGACUACCCUUUGCUUGGAAAGCCUGUGUCCUGUGGUGUGAACGAUUAAUCGGCGUCUUCAAAUCAAUAUUUAAGAAGACUCCUGUACCUCUGUUUUUGAGUUGUAUCAACCAAUAAUAAAGAUGCCAUUCAUCACAA